CCUCAAUGGCCGACGCCGAGCUUCCAAGUACUUCCUCGGCGUCUUCCCCUUUGUCCUUGUGCAGGCAGACGAUUAUGCAUAAAACUAUGAGCACUUAAUUUCAGCAUCCUCUGUCCCCCUUUGUUUGCUGUCUUUCAACAAGUUGUUCUUUGAUCAUGACCACAUCUUGGGUCGGAAGAAUUUGUGGUGGAUCGGAAUAGUGCUAACCUUAACAAUCUAUUUACGAACCAGACAAAAGAUGGAAUCUACAAAAGAGCCAACAGUUGACGGUGCCCAAGACAGCAGCACGAGACCAUCCCAGACCUGGACCUAUCCACCUCGAACAUGCAGAUUGUGCCUCGAAGACGUGUAUCCGGUCGUUACUCUCUAUCCUCCCGGCGUCCCUGCUCGCUUACAACGUCCCAUUGUCGAGUACAAAAACGAUGACGAGUAUGGCCGGCUCAUCAAGCCAUGUCAUUGCAGAGGUGGCAUGCGAUAUAUCCACGAGCUCUGUCUGCGGCGGUCGAGAGUCGAGGUUCGUCGCUCAGACUCCCUCUGGAAAUGUCAUCAAUGCGGAUAUCGAUUCAAUUUCAAAAGACUGACCGUUCAAAAAUACUUGGAGAGCAAGAUUGUCUCGGGUGUCCUGACGGUCUCGGUGAUGCUGGUCGCCAUGUUUCUACUCGGUUUCGUGGCUGAUCCAAUCCUGAACUUCUACGCCGACCCAUAUGAGACGAUCCUGGGAGAAGAGGAACUCUGGCAAGAAGUCGCAGUCAACGACUUUGACGAGACCAUGUCUGGAUGGCUGUUACAUUUCACCAAGGGAUUCGUCUCAAUGGGUGUCAUGAGUUUUCUUAGAACCAUGAUACUCAACCCGUUCCAGUGGUGGAGCUUGCGUCACAACGGCUUUGUCUCAACCAGGGUUGCUGGAAGAGCAACGACAGGUCGCGAUCGUGCAAUGAAUGUCAGCUGGAUUGUGAUUGUCAUGGGCAUCGUCUCUGCCACUUGGUUGUUUUACCAAGGAGUUCAAACGAUCAUUCGCCGAUCGCUUCAGCACAUUGGUAACAAUAUCGUCGAUACUCAUUUGUCAGGAGAUGAUGAUGAUCUCAAACCUCCUCCCGAUUGGCGUUAUCAGCCACCUGCUAAUGAAUCUCAAGAUUCGCCGUUCGAGGAGAAGGGAGCAGAUGGGCCUCUGGAAGAUGAGGUUUCGCAUCAUGAUGAAAUACCGAACUCAGACUAUCCGAGAAGAGAUUCUGGGGCACUUUUAUCAACACAAGCGAAAGUACAGAGCUCGAGUGACUCGGCUAGAACAGUGAACUCGAUGCCGGGAGCAUUCAAUACUGGCUCUGCCUAUAGCUCUGCGCUCGAAGGAAUGCAAGAGCAGGCUUGGUCAUUUCGCGGCAUCUGAUUUUGUACAUGCACUCUCGAGGAUUGAUAUUCAUCCAAUCAUUUUACGCAUACCUAUCCAUGCAUACCGUUUCCUUUGAUCGCCCAACUUUGAGUUGUCACAUCUGUUUCAGUGAGGUGCCAAUCAGUCAGUGCGCGAAGAACGAGUGCUUUCUGCUGAUUAGACUCAUCGGUGUUAUACCUUUGACCUAGUGGCAGUCUGCAAAGCCAAAUUCCAUCCCAAACUGCUGGUCAGUUCACAUGACCGGUACUGGAUUGUACUUGGUAAAUACAUGAGAUUUCUUUGAUAAAUGUGGACUAUCACCUGUAUUUCAUUAUACUUCCUCUCCAUCAAAUUUCGUCUCGAUUCCUGUGCAAUUAUGGAAUGUGAAUAUGGUUG